AUGGGGAAAAUAAACUACGCCACCGGCAUUGCUAUCCUCCAAUUUAUUGUUUAUCCAUUUAUCUUCGCCGCCUCCAUAUUCGUCUGGAAACGAUCAGGAUGGAGAGUUGGCAGCAAGAUCUGGCGUUAUCCCGCCGUGCUCUCCUUACUUCGAAUCGCUGGUAGCAUUUCUACUUUCAUUGCAAUGGAUCAUAACUCUCAGCAAGUCCAAAUUGCUAUUGCAGUAUGCCAACUGAUUGGUAUUGCUCCUUUGGUGCUUACUUACGUCGGUAUUUUGCGACAAAUUGAUUAUGAACAAAAGAUCCCUCCCAGACGUCUCGCAAUCGUCACUCUGGUCGCUAUCAUCGGCUUGAUUCUCGCUAUCGCUGGUGUUUCCACUGCCAAAACCUCCCCCGGGGAGACCUACAAGCCCGGAACAAUAGUUAAGGUAGCGAUGGGUAUUUUCCUCGUUGUCUUCGCUAUUACCAUGCUUCUGAGUGCCUGGCUCUUCUAUGCGCUCUCUUUCUCUCUACUGCGAUAUCAGAAGAAGCUAUUCCUCGCCAUCGCUCUGUCUGCUCCGUUUGUGGUGGUUCGAAUGAUCUACUCUGCGCUCUCCGACUAUACUACCAUUGAGAAAUUUGCAUUCGACGCUAACGAAACUGUCUACCUCUGCAUGUGUGUGUUGGAAGAAAUCGUUGCCAACACUAUUGUCCUGGGUCUUGGCAUAUCAGCUGUUCUACAGCCAGACUUUGUGAAGCUUGAUCCAGCGCAAAUGAAGGAGCGGGAUCAACAGCACCCGGACGAGGGAAAGCCUCUUAGUGCGCAGGAUUAUAACACGGCUUACAAUGGAGCCAACAUGGCUUACGACCCUGCCUACCACGGAUCCCAGAGCACUGCUUAUAAUGAUCCUACCUACCCUGGAGUUCAGCAGACCACUGCGCACAACCCAAUUUAUAACAGAGCUCCGGCCCCUGCUUAUCAUGGAGCUCAGAAUGUUUAG